UCUGUGCCUGCCCCAAUCGAUGACACACAGUUCCACGUGACUUACUGCAGAUUGGACCUACUGUGCACGGACAAUGACCCACGGCAAGGUCCUUGUCUAUGAAAAAUGAGUUCCACUCCUAUGUUAUAUCGCUGGAUCGAUCCGGCCGAUUCCAUUACUAAGAGCCCAUAAACUUAACCAGCUAGCUAAAGCACGUGCGUGGCCAUGGAUGCAAGCAAGAAACCUUACACUGUAGCCGUCAUCAUACAGCUCAUCUACACUGGCAUGUUCGUCGUCUCCAAGGCAGCCUUCAACCAAGGCAUGAACACCUACGUCUUCAUCUUCUACCGUCAGGCAGCUGGCUCUAUCCUCCUGCUGCCUCUCGCCCUUCUUCACCAAAGGAAAAACGCCCAAUCAGCACUGUCAUUCACGUUGCUGUUGAAGCUCUUCUUCUGUGCAUUAAUCGGGAUUACAUUCAGCUUAAAUCUGUACCAUGUGAGCCUCAAGUUCACCUCCGCAACUGUGGCGGCUGCAACGGACAACUCCUUGCCUGCGGUUACCUUCUUCCUCGCGCUGCUGCUAAGGAUGGAAGUUGUGCAUCUGAAGAGUCCCUCAGGCAUUGCGAAGCUCACCGGCGUAGCGUUCUGUAUCGCUGGAGUACUUACCAUCGCCAUUUACGCCGGGCCGUUGCUGAACCCUUUGAGCCACAGCCAUGGCCAGCUCGCUCCUGGGGCUCCAUCGAGGGCCCAGGGAGGGGCCUGGAUCAAAUGGACGUUUCUGAUGGUCGUGGCAAACGCGGCGUGGUCCCUGUGGAUCGUCCUCCAGGCGGCGUUGCUGAGGGAGUACCCCAACAAGUUGCUCGUCACGGCGGUGCAGUGCGUGUUCAGCGCGCUCCAGUCGUUACUGGUGGCGGUGGCGGCGGAGAGGGACCUCUCCAGAUGGAAACUACGGCUUGACGUUGGCUUGCUCGCAAUUGCUUACUCCGGCUUGAUGGUGAUGGGGGUAGCCUACUACCUCCAAGCUUGGUGCGUGGAGAUGAAAGGGCCCGUCUUCCUCGCCGCGUGGACACCGAUGUGCUUCGUCUUCACCACCUUGUGCUCUUCCUUCUUCCUCGGAGAGACUGUUCGCCUCGGCAGCAUUUUAGGUGGGAUCCUGCUGGUUGGAGGUCUCUUUAGCGUGCUCUGGGGCAAAAGCAACGAGAGGGAAGGGGAGAUCGGUAGUAUGACGCCGCGCGGUGAGAUGGACACCAACAAAACGGAUGUUGCUGUGUGUGUGAGCGACAUUAGUAAGAUAAACCUGUGAGUGUGCAGAUGAGCGCGCAAGAGCAUCAAGGCCAAGUGGCUGAAGAACAAGUAACUUUUAGAAAUUAUAUACACCGAAGUGUGAUGUUCAGAUUCUUUAAAAACCGGGAUCAUUUUAGAUGAAGGGCAUCACUAAUCGAUCCCCUCAAAUUUAGUGUUUUAGGACAUCUCCAGCGGCCCGAUCCAUUUCGAACACCAAAUGUGUCUGUUUUGGCCAGUUUGGGUUGGGUUGCGGAGAGAAAAUUGGAUGUGUCCUCCCCCUUGUCCGUUUGGGUCAGGGGCAAAACUCAGUGGGCCGAUACAUUUCUUUUUUUCCACCAUCAUGGCCAACCCGGUGAUCAAUGUCGGCUCAUCCCGUCGCUAACCACAACACCA